AUGCAGUCGCCACGACCGGGGAAUGUGACGAUUCUCGAAAGUAUUUUCUUCGUUAGCAAUGUUCACUGCUCCUCAUGUGUUGCCUAUAUCACCGAAAUCCUCUCUGAAUUCUCAGGGAUCGAGUCUGUCGACGUUUCAAUCCUCACUGCUCAGGUCUGUGUCGCCCAUACCACGGAAACGACUCCUUUAAGCCUCGCGACGGCCCUGAUCCAGGCGGCUUUCGAGGUCCACCACGUCACCACAAAAGAUGGGACAGGCCUGACGGUGGCGGAUAUCGAUACAACCUCGUCGCUUCCGCGAGACAGCAUGCUCUUCACACCGCAGCAGAACACCCACUCGAACGGGGUCCCGCAGGACCGACACCUCGCAAACUGCGAUGCGUGUCGAAAGGAAGAGCUGAAGCGGGACUCUGUUACUGGCUCUUCGACCAAAUUCAAAGCGCGCAUCAGUAUUGGGGGGAUGAGCUGUGCGUCUUGUGUCAAUACCAUCACGAAUGAGCUGAAUCAGCUGGACUUUGUCGAGGAAGUGGUCGUCAAUCUUCUGACGAAUAGCGCAACGGUGGUCUACAAUGGCCCUCAGAAGAACUCAGAAAGGGUGGUGGAUCAGAUCGAGGAUAUUGGCUUCGAGGCUGCUCUCGAUGAGGUGGAAAAGCUGAACGGUCCUCCAACGUCCAUCAAAACUCCUGCAGUCUACACGGCCGAGAUUGCCAUCGGUGGCAUGACCUGCGGCUCAUGUGCUAGUGCCGUCAGUCGGGGCCUUGAGGAAUUACCCUUCGUGAAAGAGGUUUCGGUGAAUCUUUUAUCGCAUAACGGAAAGGUCGAAUUCGAGGGCCAGAGUAACAUCAACCUGAUUGUGGAGAAGAUUGAGGAUCUGGGAUACGACGCUUCGAUCAGCAGUGUACACGCCCAGGCUCCGAGUCCCAAUGAGAAUGAGGUUGAGGAAAGAACUGUCUCCAUCUGUGUGGAUGGUAUGUUCUGCCAUCACUGCCCAGAGAAGGUUCUCGGUUCCUUGAAGGACAUCCCAGAUGUCCAAGUCGACGACGCGCUCUCAGUCAAAAACCCAAUCCUUAGGGUCACCUACAUGCCAUCUUCCUCUCUCACCAUCCGAAGCAUCAUCGAUGUCCUCAACAAAACACACGAUGCCUUCUCCGCCUCUGUUUACCACCCUCCGAGCAUCGAAGACCGUUCGAGGGCGAUGCAGUUGCACGAGAGGCGACGGCUACUGUCCCGUCUACUCUUCGUUUUCAUUGUAGCCAUACCGACGUUCCUGAUUGGCAUUGUGUUCAUGAGCCUAGUGUCGUCCGACAACCACGUUCGAAAGUACUUGGAAGGAUCGAUCUGGGCUGGAAAUGUGUCUCGCAUUGAAUGGGCACUUUUUAUCAUGACAACCCCGGUGAUGUUCUAUGGCACAGACAUUUUCCACGUUCGCGCCGCGAAGGAAGUCUACUCUCUCUGGCGCCCCGGAAGCCGCGUGCCAAUUCUAAGGAGGUUCUAUCGAUUCGGCAGCAUGAAUCUUCUAAUUUCUGCAGGCACUACUGUGGCUUACAUAUCGUCGCUCGCUGUCCUGAUCAUCGACGCUGUCGUCACCACUCCGUCCAACACACAUAGCAUGACCUAUUUUGACUCGGUCGUUUUUCUUACUCUUUUCAUUCUCGCCGGUCGAUUCAUCGAGGCAUAUAGCAAAGCCAAGACAGGAGAUGCAGUUGCCUCGCUUGGAAAAUUGAAACCCUCCGAUGCGUUGCUGGUCGUCGGUAGCGAUUCCCAAGGAGACGACAUCCAACGAACCGGCCUUGACUUGCUUGAAAUCGGCGAUCUGGUCAGCAUUCCUCACGGGUCGUCACCUCCGGCAGAUGGGACUAUUGUGGAUAACGGCACUUAUCAAUUUGACGAGAGCUCAUUGACCGGAGAGUCGAAGCCGGUAAAGAAGUCGAUCGGUGAUUCAGUGUACACCGGAUCUGUCAACGUUGGGCAGCCCGUGAAGAUCAAGGUCACGGCCCUGGGCAGCGCUUCGAUGCUGGAUCAAAUCAUUUCCGUCGUGCGUGAAGGUCAAAGCAGACGUGCGCCUUUGGAAAGAGUCGCGGACAUGCUCACAUCGCAUUUUGUGCCCAUAAUCACCCUCAUCGCUAUCUCAACCUUCGUGAUCUGGCUGUCUCUAGGGACAUCCGGUACUCUUCCAGGUGAUUACCUCGAUGUGGCACAUGGUGGCUGGGUUUUCUGGAGUCUGGAGUUUGCCAUUGCAGUGUUUGUGGUUGCUUGUCCUUGUGGACUUGCACUCGCGGCUCCUACGGCUCUUUUCGUUGGCGGAGGAUUAGCUGCCAGGCAAGGAAUUCUCGUCAAGGGCGGAGGCGAAGCAUUCCAGGAGGCGAGUAAUCUGGACGCUAUUGUUUUCGACAAGACCGGCACCCUCACCGAAGGAGGAAGCCUAGCGGUUUCCGAUCAUGAAGUGCUUCUCACCGACGCUGAAGACCUGCAGGUUGCCUGGGCUCUGGCUCGCAAGCUCGAAGAAAGUAGCACUCACCCAAUUGCUCGGGCAAUAUCUAACUUUUGUCACCAACGAUCCUCGGUCCCAAUCAUCGGCUCGGACAUCGAGGAGAAAUCUGGGCUGGGAAUGAGAGGCACUUUCACCGUGCAAACAGACAAUGCCACCAUGGUCAAGUAUGAAGCUGCAAUCGGGAACCAACGCCUCUUGCAGAGCAUGAACUCACUAAAGUCCAACGAUGACCACCUCAAUAACCUGCUGUCUAAAUACCAAACAUCUGGAAAAUCCACUGCUAUCUUCUCAUUGCGCCGAAUCUCAGACUCAUCAAUCUCAACCACCGCUGAACCUAUCACUACUGCCAUUAUCUUCGGAAUCUCCGACACUAUUCGCCCCCACACCGUGCAGGUGAUCUCCAAGCUCCAGAAACGCAAAAUCAACGUCUUCAUGUGCACCGGCGAUAACCAAACCACCGCCCACGCCGUCGCAGACAUGAUCGGAAUUCCCCGCUCUAACGUCCAAGCCAACGUCACCCCAGCCGGAAAAGGCGAUUUCGUCCGCCAAGUCCAAGACAGGAUUGUCCUCUCCGGCCCUCCUCGCAGCGACUCCGAAGCCGAAAGCCAGCAGCAGACCAAGGACAAGAACAAAAGUGCCCGCUCCAUCGUCGCCUUUGUCGGCGACGGCGUCAACGACUCACCGGCUCUCGCCGCCGCAGACGUCAGUAUCGCCAUGGCAUCGGGGUCCGACGUCGCCAUGAACUCCGCCAGCUUCAUCCUGCUGAACUCCGAGCUCGACACCAUCCUUCAGCUCGUGGUGCUCAGCCGUCGCGUCUUCAACCGCGUCAAGAUGAACUUCUGCUGGGCCGUCGUGUAUAACCUGAGUCUGGUCCCGAUCGCCGCGGGCGUCUUGUAUCCCAUCGUGAACGGACAUAAAAUGCACAUGAACCCCGACGGCGGAUCCGUCAUGGUGAACACCCACUGGCGACUGAGCCCUGUGUGGGCGGCUUUGGCGAUGGCGCUGAGCAGCAUCUCCGUUGUGUUGAGCAGUCUUGCGUUGGGAAUUGAGUGGCGCAGAAUCAGAAAGUGGGUUGGCCUGGGACGGGGCAGUGAGUAAAAAAAGGCAGACGCUGUCAUUUAAUUAUUGACUUAUUUCCCUAUCAUUUUGAUCUUAUGGUUGAUACCAUUUGUUGCUUUGCUGGCGUUUGCUAUUUCCUUUGCUGGUAUGUUGGAUAUAUUUAUGAUAUUGGGAUGGGGUUAAAACGAUGGAAUUGGGCGAAUCUCGGUGGUUUUCGGGUUUAUCUUGUCUUUUUCUACGUUUGAUACCUCGUGAGUUUUAUUAAUCAUUUGAGUUAUGAUAAUAUAGCAGUAGUCUUCUGUGUUGCG